AUGAAACUACUUGUAAUAUCGUUACUUUGCGUCAUUGCAAAUGCAGACAAUUCAGCUCGUCUAAGUGGUGGAGUAACAACGUUUACGGGUCAGUAUCCAGCAGUGGUAAGCAUUGAUUCGCCUUACAUACUGCACUGUGGGGGAACAAUUGUGGAUCUUCAGCAUGUUCUUACUGCGGCUUCAUGUGUUAUGCACCCGACAACGUUUUCUCUCGUCAAUCCCCACUGGUUGCGAGUUAUUGCCGGUGACCUGAACCUGGUCCCCGCUUCAUACCAUCGAGAAGUUCGAAAUGUGUCACGUCUGUUCGUGCAUCCUAAUUAUAAUAACGAAACGAACAAUAAUGACUUGGCGGUUCUUCGACUAUCUCGUCCAUUUCCGGAGUUUCACAACACAAUUGAACCAGCGAUUUUGGCAACACGAGCUUUCACUUAUGGAACUCAGUGCCGAUAUGUAGGUUGGGGGACAACAACUAGUGGUCCAACGGCUGCUAUUAACCCCACACAACGAUCGAUCAAUGUUCCGAUCAUCGCAGCCGUAGAAUGUAACGUUCCGACAGUGCAUAACUUCCGAGUGCUGCCAGCGAUGAUCUGCGCUGGAUCCCUUACUGCAACACCGGACACCACAUGCCAGGGAAACGUUGGUGGAGGGCUGUACUGCAACGAACAACUUGCCGGUGUGCUGAUAUUCGGUUUAGCCUGCGGAUCGGCCAACCAACCGGGUGUCUAUACCGACGUCCGACAGUAUCGCCAGUGGAUUUAUUCACAGUUCGAUCGGACGGACAAUCCUCAACCGGGCUGGUUGCCGCAACCGUUGUGA